AUGCCUAAAGUCCAAGAAUCCAUUAUAAUUGCAGCAUCCCCGGCAAAGAUCUGGGGUGUGCUAAUGGACCUCAAGUCGUGGCCAGAAUGGAACACUUUUGUCACAUCCAUCGAAGUGCAACCUCCCCAUACUGAGUUAUCUGUCGGCAGUAAGCAAAUAAUUACAAUCAACAAAAGUCAAUCAUACACCAACACCGUCUCAAUUAUCCACCCAGAAAAAGAACUACGCUGGAAUGGCAGCAUCAUAACGGCUGCCUUUUUCGACACUGAGCACUGGUGCACUCUGGAAGAAGUCGCUGGUGAUGAGGUCUCGACGCGGUUCACGCAGGGUGAGCGCUUUUCUGGUAUUCUAGCGCCCGUGUUAGGUGCAAUAGGAAAACUGGAAGAGCUAAGGGAGGGAUAUGUUAGAAUGAAUCACGACUUGAAGCAGGCGGUGGAAGGAACGGCAAAGGACUCGAGUUAUUAG